GUCAGAGAGGGCGCCUCAGCAGCCAGCCGGCUCUGGACUAUAGCGGGGAGGUGGAGGCGAUGGAGGAGGGGGACGCAGAGGGGGAAGGGCCCAUGGCGGUCAGAGAGGGGCCGAGCGGUCACGGCCUCCCGCCGAACGCCGGCAGCAGCAGCAGCAACAGCAGCGCCACCACCACCACCACCACCAACCUCCUGGCUUCUGUCAAAGAGCAGGAGCUUCAGUUUGAGCGGCUGACUCGGGAGCUGGAGGAGGAGCGGCAGAUUGUGGCGAGCCAGCUGGAGAGGUGCAUGCUGGGAGCUGAGUCGCCAGCGGGAGACAGUAGCAGCUCAUCAGAGAAGUCGUUUGCAUGGAGAUCUGCAGGAGAGUCGCAGGGCGGAGCCAUGGAGGCAUCUGGACGUCACCUGGAGGCCGAGGAAGGACUCUACAUGCCUGAGCCGGACCGCGCCUCCCUGCAUGACAGUGAGGGCUCGGGAGGUCACUCGGCCCAGAUGACCUCGUAUUCAGACAGCGGCUACCAGGACAGCAGCGUUAGUUAUUACAGCAACCAGAAUGUGGUGCGUUCGGAGCCGCGGGCCUCGAUAUCAAGGAGCCCGAGAGCUGAGGGGCAAGCCUCUGGGCAGGUGUCCGGCAGGGUGUUACGGAGGAUGGCCUCCCUCCCCUCCAGGAGCCAGUCUCCCGGUUGUGGCACUGCUGGCACCGUCUCGCCCUCCCGCAUCUCCCUGCGAACAUCCCAGGGCAGCACCUACGACUCGCCCAUCCUCUCAGAGCCAAAACCUCUGGCCGCCGUGUUCCCUGGCACCUCCAUGCCACCCUCCUGCCCUUCGCCGACCUCCCCGACCGACGGCACACAGGUCCUGGGUGGUGGAGUUGGAGUUGGAGGAGGAGGUGGUGGUCGCCUGGGCUCCACCCUGUCUCUGGUGGAGGGGAGGUGUUUGACAGGGUCACCGCUGCGUUCGGGGAUGACGGCGGUGCCGCAGCACUACGGCUCCACGCUGCCCAGGCAGAGCCAGCCGCUGGCCUACGGAGCUGAUCCGUACGGCCUGUACCAGAGGAGCGCGCUGCCCCGCCCCGACAGCCUCAUAGGGCUUCACAGCUCGUACGCCGGCCACGCGGGGCAGAUAGAUCCAGAGCUGAGGGCGGCGUUGUCUCCAGACUGCCACAUGACGCCCGUUUUCGACGAGCGCUCCUUCCACAGCCCGCUGUACCACAGCCCCACCCACGACCCCCAGAGCUCCCUCUACAGGACCAACACAGGUAUGGAAACCCUCCCGCGGACCACAAGCCACUGCGGCACGCUGCCGUACCAAAGAAGCAGCUACGGGCUGAGCACUGCAGCUCUGUACGUCGACUCCUACAGGGUGCCCGCCGAGCCUGUCUUCUCCCACCGCCACUCUGGACUGGUGGACCGGGUGGCCACGCGCACCCCGUCCAUCGAGAGCAUCCACAAGGACCCCAGGGAGUUUGCUUGGCGUGACCCGGAGCUGCCGGAGGUCAUCCACAUGCUGCAGCAUCACUUCCCCUCCGUCCAGGCCAACGCUGCCGCCUAUUUGCAGCACCUGUGUUACGGCGACAACAGGGUCAAGGUGGAGGUGUGUCACCUGGGAGGGAUCCAGCACCUGGUGGACCUGCUGGAUCACAAGCUGACCGAGGUUCAGAAGAGCGCCUGCGGAGCCCUGAGGAACCUGGUGUACGGCAAGGCCACCGACAACAACAAGGUGGCGCUGAGGAACUGCGGCGGUGUGCCCGCGUUGCUGCGCCUCCUCAGGAAAACAACCGACAAUGAAGUUCGUGAGCUGGUCACGGGCGUCCUGUGGAACCUCUCAUCCUGUGACGCAGUGAAGAUGACCAUCAUCCGCGACGCCCUGAGCACCCUGACCAACACGGUCGUCAUCCCCCACUCGGGCUGGAGCAGCGUCUCGCACCGCGACGAGCACAAAGUCAAGUUCCAGUCGUCCCUGCUGCUGCGUAACACCACCGGCUGUCUGAGGAACCUGAGCUCAGCAGGGGAGGAGGCGAGGAGUCAGCUGCGUUGCUGUGAAGGUCUGGUGGACUCGCUGCUUCACGUCCUCAAAGCCUGCGUCAAUACGUCUGACUACGACAGCAAGAUCGUGGAGAACAGCGUCUGCACCCUGAGGAACCUCUCGUACCGGCUGGAGGUGGAGAUGCCCUCCUCUCGUCUCCUCGGCAACCAGGAGCUGGACACCCUGCUGGGCUUCUCGUCCCCGGCCAAGGAGCUGGACUACCUCUGCUGGGGCAAGAGGAGGCGUGGCAGGAAGAGGGGCGGCUGGCCCGACGACAAGUGGGACGGCGUCGGGCCGAUCCCAGGUUUCUCCCAGCCUCUGAGGGGGGCGGAGCUGCUGUGGCACCCCAUGGUGGUGAAGCCGUACCUCAACCUGCUGGCCGAGAGCUCCAACCCCGCCACGCUGGAGGGCGCCGCUGGGUCACUGCAAAACCUCUCAGCUGGAAACUGGAAGUUCUCAGCCUACAUCCGAGCAGCGGUGCGUAAAGAGAAAGGUCUGCCCAUCCUGGUGGAGCUGCUGAGGAUGGACAACGACCGGGUCGUCUGCUCCGUUGCCACGGCGCUGCGCAACAUGGCGCUGGACAGCCGCAACAAGGAGCUGAUAGGAAAGUACGCCAUGCGGGACCUGGUGACCCGGCUGCCGGGCGGCAGUCCAACAGUGCUGUCGGACGAAACGGUGGCGUCUGUCUGCUGCACGCUACACGAGGUCACCAGCCGCAACAUGGAGAACGCGAAAGCUUUAGCCGACAGCGGAGGCAUCGAGAAGCUGGUGGACAUCAGUAAAGGACGGGGGAAAGGGUACUCGAUGAAGGUCGUGAAGGCAGCAGCUCAGGUGUUGAACACACUGUGGCAGUACAGAGAGCUGAGGAACCUCUACAAGCAGGACGGCUGGAACUACACUCACUUCGUCACUCCCGUCUCCACUCUGGAGCGAGACCGCUACCUUUCACAGCCGACGCUGCCCACCAGCCCGCUGCAGAUGUCCCCCGUUAUCCAAUCAGGUGGUAGUGCAACAUCCUCGCCGGCGAUGCUCGGGAUAAGAAGACACAGUUCGAACUAUCAGAGAGCGCAGUCAUCUAUGCAACUUGACACGUAUUAUGGAGACAACAGUUUACACAAGCGGCAGUACACAGGGUCUGAGAAGAAAACUCCAUAUUUCAUUGGGACAUAUUCUUCCCAGUCAGGAGAGGAUUUGAGAAGGUCCCAGCACACAGAGCCAUUUUACGACGAACCCGACAGGAAGAACUACAACAGCUACAGAAUGUACCUGUCGUCCCCACAAGGCUACGGAGAGGAGCCCUACGAGGACGAGCCGGUCCACCUGACCCCGUCCUCCCCCGACGGCUACGCGGGCCAGUCGCUCCAAUUCAAAGCCAACACCAACUACGUGGACUUCUACUCCACCACGCGGAGGCCUUCAAACAGGGCGAACAAGUUCACCGGCUCCCCCGACUCCUGGGUGUAGACACGAGAAAAGGGAAAAAAAAAACAAAAAAACGGACACCGUGUACGUGGAGCUUCUGUUUCUGUGCGUGUUUGUGUGUGGGGAGUGCACGUUGGGUGGGUGCGCUGUGUGAAAGGGUGAGGAUGCAUGUGAAUGUGUGUGCAUCUGUGUUGAACCUGUACUGAAUGACCAGGGCUUGGUUUGCUACGUGCAGCUUGUGACUAAGACCGACCAUGUGCACAAUAAUGCAGAUAAAUACCAACUUUUUUUAC